AUGGACCUUGAAGUAGCAGGCAAGAAAAGACUUUUGCAGUUGAAUGAGUUAGAUGAGUUCAGGUUGCACUCUUAUGAAAAUGCUAAGCUUUAUAAGGAAAAGAAAAAACGAUGGCAUGACAAGAACAUCAAGUCGCGUCACUUUGAGUCAGGCCAGCAGGUGUUAUUAUUCAAUUCUAGGCUAAGGCUAUUUCCUGGAAAGCUAAAAUCGAGAUGGUCAGGCCCGUUUGAGGUGGUGAGAGUCACUCCUUAUGGUGCAAUUGACCUGCGAGCUUUAAAUGGUGAAAGGAAAUUUUUGGUGAAUAGACAUAGAGUUAAGCACUAUUGGGGAGGAAUAAUUGAUCAUGAGAAGACCAAAGUUGUACUCGUUGAUCAGUGA